AUGGAUGAAUGUACUCCGUUACUUUCCCCAAAAACAUUAAAAGAUACUAAGGUUUUGGCUGCAACUUUAAAAGACUGCAACCUUGAUGACAAGGACUCAGAGGAAGAAAAUGAGUCACCUACUGAUAAUAAGUUUAAUUUGUUAAAGAACCCUUCUUUUGAUGAUGAAUUGCCUUCUGCAGAUCAGGAUGAUUUAGAUGCUGCUGCAUAUGAAUAUGAGAGAAGGAAAUAUGAACCCCAUGGUGCUUUUUCUAUGCAAGAAACUAAGAAAAAUAGGCCUAAAUUACAGGAUAUGCGCCCUUUGGGUCGUUUACCGACCGCCCCACCGGCACCUCUAAGUUCUUCAGUUCCCCCUUUAAAAAGGUCAGGGCAUUCAAUUUUAAAUGUUGGGGGCCUACCGCCUCCACCACCUUUUAAGGCCAAGGGCCCACCACCUCCACUACCUUUUAAUAAUAAUCAAGGCAAAAAUAAAAAGCAUAGGAGAAUAAACGAUGAGGAUGAUGAUUAUGCUUUUGCAGCCUGUUUUCCAGUCAUUUUUGAGGACGGUUUUGAUGAUGAUGAUGAUAUAUAUUGGGAACCCUUGCCUCUAAAACUUUUAAAAGAACUUAAAAAGGCCUGUGUAGAUUAUGGACCGUUGGCACCUUAUACUAUGACUCUUAUAGAUGCCUUGGCAAAUAGAUGGAUGACUCCAUAUGACUGGAUUCAGGUUACAAAGGCCUGUUUAUCGGGGGGACAAUAUUUACUUUGGAAGGCAGAAUAUGAGGAACAGGUGGCUAUACAAAAUGCUUUAAAUAAGAAAUGGGAUAAAUUUAAUAUUACUAAAGAUAUGUUAUUAGGUCAAGGAGAAUAUGACUCAACCCAACAGCAGAUGCAUAUGGGAAAGGAGGCCUUAUGGCAAGUAACUAUGUGUGCCGUGAAUGCCUGGAAGUCUUUGCCUUUGACUCCAGGAAAGGCCUCUGCUUUGACAGAUUUAAGACAAAAGUCUGAGGAGCCAUAUGAGGAUUUUGUUUCUCGCUUGCUAAUAGAGAUAAACCGAGUGAUAACUGAUGAGGAUGCAGCUAAUAUGUUGGCUAAACAACUAGCCUUUGAAAAUCCCAAUCCUGUUUGUCAGAACCUGAUUCGCCCUAUUAGAAAAACUGGAAGUAUUUCAGAUUUUAUUAAACAAUGUUCUGACGUUGGUCCCUCCUAUAUGCAAGGGAUUGCUUUGGCAGCUGCCCUAAAGGGAGAAACACUUCCUCAAUGCGUGAUGAAUAUGGUUCAAAAAACAAAAAACUUUAAGGGGCCAAAAGGAAAUAAUUGUUUUGCUUGUGGAGGCGCAGGUCAUUUUAGUAGGGAAUGUCCUAAUAAAAAUAUACCUUCAGCAAGUCCUAUUAGAAUGAUAUCUUCUGGUAAUGAUGGGGUUCCAAAGACUCCUUGCCAAAGAUGUGGGAAAGGAAACCAUUGGACUAAAUUGUGUCGGAGUAAAUAUCACAAGGACGGACACAUUCUUCCCCCUAGUGGGGUUUCUGCAGUGCCUCAGGCUGGAGCUCAGAUGCCAAUAUUUCCUGCACCUGUUUUUCCAAGUACACCUGCUGGAACUAAUUCGGGAAACUUACUUCGGGCCCAACCCCGGGCCCAACAAACAAUAGGGGCCAUUCACCACACGCUCAAUCCCUUUCUUCCCUCAGGGGAAUCGAUGAAUUGUUUAGGGCCACCCCAGGCAGCGCAGGAUUGGACCUCUGUGCCACCUCCGCAACAAUAUUAA